AGCAAGUUCCUGGUCGAUGAAAACAAAACAAACAGCGUAGACACAGUAGCUAAUGUCACAACUGCUGUUAUCAGAUUAAUAAAUUAUCAGAUAUCAGGCUGCUGUUUCAUCAUGCAACUGAAAUCCUGUUGUAUUUACAGUGUCGGACUUUUUUCCAUGCUGACUUUGAUCGCGGGUAUUUCUUUGGUGUUGUCUAACGUGUUUCCAAAUUUCGUACAGUCAGAGGUUAAAAAGGAAAUAGUUUUGGAGAAUGGCACAGAGGCGUUUGAGGCCUGGGAGAAUCCACCAGCCCCGAUUUACAUGCAGUUUUACUUCUUUAAUCUGACCAAUCCCCUGGAGGUGCUGGAUGGGGACAGGCCCGCGGUGGUGGAGAUUGGACCAUAUACAUAUAGAGAGUACCGGCCUAUGGAGCAAGUACACUUCCAAGAUAAUGGCACUAAAGUAACAGCUGUCAACACUAAGACUUACAUAUUCCAGCUUAACAUGUCCCGAGGUCCAGAGAGUGACCUCAUCAGGACAGUCAACAUCCCUGCAAUGACAGUGAUGGAGAAAUUCAAGGAUCACUCUGUUGUGGCCAAUGUGAUCUCUGCCUACAUGAGGGGCACAGGUGAACGCCUGUUCACCACCCGCACAGUGGGGGAGCUGCUGUGGGGAUAUGAAGACGGCCUGCUCAAAGCCCUCAGAGUUGUACAACCUGAUCUGGAUGAUGUUUUCGGUCUCUUCUACAAGAACAAUGCUUCCAAUGACGGUGAAUAUGUGUUUUUCACUGGACAGCAAAACUCCAAGGACUUUGCAAGAGUGGAUACAUGGAACGGUGAAAGUUCACUGAAUUGGUGGACAUCUGAUGAGUGCAACAUGAUCAAUGGAACCAAUGGAGCGUCUUUCCAUCCAAUCGUCACCAAGAACGAGACACUCUACAUGUUCAUCUCCGAUCUUUGCAGGUCUCUGUACGCCAAGUAUGAGGAGGACGUGACAGUGAAGGGGAUCCCUGGGUAUCGCUUCAGUCCCCCUAGCAAGGUGUUUGCUAAUAUGACCGUGAACCCAGCCAACGCGGGCUUCUGUGUCCCUGCUGGAAAUUGCCUGGGCUCUGGCCUUCUGAAUGUCAGCACAUGUAAACAAGGAGCUCCCAUCAUAAUGUCCUCGCCACACUUCUACCAGGCAGAUGAGAAAUUUGUUCAGGAUGUAUUUGGCAUGAGGCCUAACAAGGAGCAGCACCAGACUUUGAUUGAUAUCAAUCCGCUUACAGGAAUCAUCCUGCAAGCAGCAAAGCGACUCCAGGUCAACGUGUUUGUUGAGAAAAUCCCCACCUUCAGUCAAACAGGAAACAUGAGGACAGUGGUCUUUCCUGUGGUUUAUCUCAAUGAGAGCGUUGUCAUCGACGACUCAUCAGUCCUGAAGCUGAAGGCGAUUGGUGUCAAGGAGAAUGUCGUGGUGAACAUUCCGUUCAUGCUGAUUGGUCUAGGAAUCGUCCUGGGAGGAGUCUUCAUGUUCCUGAUGUGUCGACAGAAGGUGCCUGAGAGCACUGCUGGUGAACGACAGCCCCUGCUCUCGUCAUAGCACCAAACAGGAUGUGAAAGGAGAAUUGCCAUGUUUGCAGUAUAAUUCAAUAUUUCAAGGCUUCAAUGGAUCUGCAGUAUUUACCAUUAAUCCCCAAGUAACCGUUUCCAUUGAUAACCUUUCCACCUUUUAAUCUGUUUUUUUUUAUCUAAAGUUUUAGGAAACAAAGUGGAGAGGACUCUUUACAGAGUUGGGGUUAAUGUCUUCCUUUCAAGUCUAGAAAUGAUGCUAAAAUCCCCAUUUUUAAAAAAAUGAAUUCUUAAAUUGAAUCUAUUUUGCUUUUUACUUCUUAAUAUAGGAUUUUGGAUAGAAACAACAUGAUUUGAAUACUACCAAAUCUGAAUUUGAAUUGUCUGGAGAGCCAGAAUUGAAGUGAACUAACCUCCGGGGAUUUAAGUUAAAUACUCUUAAGUGUCACUCUUAAGUAUUUGAACACAGUCCAUAUUUUUUGUGUGUUUGUGUUUGUAUCCAAAUGAUUAAUGACUACAGAACUGAAAUAGUGACAAAAGAAUACUGUCAGCAUGUGUUUUUAAAAGUGGGCCAAUACGAUCUGGAGAGAUUGUUGAGGCGUUAGUAAGGAGGCUUACGCAGCUUUUGCAAGAGAGAAAUGCUUUUUAAUAAUUUUGUAACAUCAUUUGACAUUUCUGAAUUGUUGCAAAGUGAAUAACAAAGUCAAGGUGUGCAACUGCUGGCAUAAUGCUUUAAUUUUAAUGUGAUGAAUAUUAUUUAUGUUUCCUUAAAUGUCAGAAAACGUUUCUCAUGUAAUUUUAAUGUCUAAGGAGUUGCGUCUUGUGAGAACAUUUGAUGGUUUUUGUUCAGACUUUCCUUUCAGUCUCUUGGGCUGGCUGGAGCUCUGAUUCUGUAGUGAACCGGAUCAGCUUCCUUUUAAAACCACGUACUGUGUCGUAGCCUUCAGUGGAAAUCCUGUUACUCACAAUACAUCUCAUUAGUAUAAUGUGGAAUAACAUCCAAAUAGUAUUACUUCAGCAGUAGUCAAAGCUUUUUCCUGGUGCGGUGUAUGAUGUCUUGCCUCAUGAUGGUGUGAAGGCUGUUUUCUUUCCCCUCAUUCAUUCAUUGAAUUUCUACUGAUAUCAUGCUAAAAUCAGUGGAUGAACAAGAUCAUGCCACUACUACUGAUAAAUGUUUGCUGAAAUACAAAAAAAAGGUUUUGCCUUUCAACCACUAGGAGUUGUCCGUGUUCUCAUGGUUAAAGUCUGCACUUCGAAACAGCGUUAUCAGCAUUAUUGUGACUUUAUUUAAAAACAUGUUUUUUUUAUUGGGCUAGAGCUGACCUGUUCUUAAAAUGAAAUUGAUUUUAUGUCCAACACUACACAGAAUGUCACUAUAAUAGUCACUUUUGUUUGAAUAAUGUAAUUUGAAUAACCACUGUUUCACUCACAUCACUGACAGGUUGUCUUGUGUUUUUGUUGUCUUUAUUUUAUAUGUAAAAGUAAUUUGUUUACAUUACAAUACAUACAGUAAAAUCAAUUUGUAAUGACUGUUUACGUACUCUCAAUAGGUCACAUAUCUAACAAUUUACACAGUAUCUUUUCAUUUACAAAUUCAAUAAACCUGCUUCAUAUUCA